UGACAUGCCUAUUGCAUGUCACCUGAUCUCUGUCCCUUCCCUCCCUCCCGCGCCUCCAUCCCCUCGUUCUCCAUCCCGCUGGCCGGCGGCGCCUCGCAGUUCCCUGCGUCGCGCGGGCCUGUCGUCUCGCGCAGAGACCACCUCCCCCGUCCCCGUGCCUCAAUCCCCUCGAUAUUCCACCCAUCGCGCGGGUUCUCUGCAUCGCGCGGGUUCCGGUGGCCGGCGGCGCCCGGCAGUUCCCUGGAUCCCCUGGUCCCGGUGGCUGGCGGCGCCCCACAGUUCACUGAAUCGCGUGGGUUCCGAUGGAGGCCUGCCGCCUCCCCGCACCUUCCUGUUCUGUUCAGUCGAAGAAAAGCGAGUCCCGAUCUAGAUUUCACCGAAAAAUCAAAGGCACCAUCAAUUUGCGCCGACCUGGUUUCAUGGUCAGCGAUGGGAACAAUGCGGGGAGUUAUCAUGACGCGUCCUCUGGAAGGGGUCUUCCAAUCGUGCACCUCCGUUGACAUGGGGAGUGUGCGAGUACGGCAAGAACAUUGGAAAGGAGUACUUCAAGCGCUGCAGGAACCUAAGUGGACUGUGCCCCUGGCCAGAUCGAGUCUGCACCUGCCGUGACGUUACCAUCAGCAGACAGCUUGGUGGAGGUGUUUAAUCAGCCCCGCCAGAUGAACGAGGUAGCCGACAUAAGAGUCAGUUUAGCUGAGGCAAGAAUGGCUUAAGCAGGUGUUUGCUGCGCCGCAAGGACACCCAUGAUGAUUGUGCUAUCCCUGUUUUUUGUUUGGCUUGGCUGCAUUCUUACUAAGUUCCUCCAGAUGUGGUGCUCAUUAGGGUAAGGAAUUUGGUAGUUUUAGUUCUGGUUAUUCUAGGAAUUUCGUGUAGGGCUAAUCUGUACACAAAUGACUUUGCAUUUGGUGCGCUGUCAUGUACCAGGUUGUAAGAGUUUGGAAUCGUAUAAAUCUAUGAUGUUAUCUAAUUUAUCCUGCA